AUCAGUCAACUUGAAACUCUUCCAACAAGCAAACAUUAAAUUUGCACAAAUAUUUUAAUUUUUGGCGGGUACUAAAUCGAACAAUUAUGAAAUUUUUCGUUUUUGCAUUUGUUGCUGCAAUUGCAGUCAUUAGCGUUGUUCAAGCAUAUCCACAGCAGGCACACUUUCAACAUUUGGUCUACUAUCCACCACCAACACCACCGCCACGUCCCAUCUUAGUGCGUGUGGCACGUGAAGUGGGUGUUGGCGGCUCGUUGGCCAGCAAUCCACGCGGUGGCGCUGAUGCCCGCCUAGAUGUGGCAAAUGCUAUAGGCAAUCCAAAUCAUAACUUAAUUGCCAGCGCCUUUGCUGCAGGCAACACUGAUCGUGGUCCAGUGACUACUGGCGGUGCGUUGGCUUACAAUAACAACGGUUUGGGCGCUGCCAUAUCGAAGACUCACACUCCUGGCGUGCGUGAUACUCUCACACAGAGCUUGAACGCUAAUCUCUUUAACGAUGGUACUCACAGCUUGGAUGCAAAUGCUUUCAAAUCGCAGAAUACCCUGGCCAAUGGUUUCAAGUUCGAUCGCAAUGGUGCUGGUUUGGAGUACUCACACAUCAAUGGACAUGGCGGCAGUUUGACUAAGAGCAACAUUCCCAACUUCGGCAGCCAAUUGGAAUUGGGUGGUAAAGCAAAUCUCUGGUCAUCACCGGAUCGUAAUACACGUGUCGAUUUGACGGGUGGCGCUUCGAAAUGGACCAGUGGCCCACUGAGUGGACAGCGUGACUAUUUUGGUGGUGUGGGUCUUACUCACAUGUUUGGUUAAGAGAGUGUAGGAUGAGGCUUAAGCCUGGUUAAAUGUUCCUGAUGGGGUGCUGCAAUUAGAGAGUUGAUGGCAUAGAAAUUCCUUACUUAAAAAAAUAUUAUUUAUUGCUUAAUAUUUAUUAUGUAUUUGUUGCGUAAUUUGUAUUUGUAAAGUCUUGAUACUGGUAAUAAAUUAGAUGGUGUAACAC